AUGACGUAUCAAGAAAGAGAAUUCCUCGUAUCAGAGUCUUCACAGCCGCAACAAUCUUAUUCACAAAGAAGAAUAUUUAACAAGCGUAAUAAUAUUUGGUAUCCUUCUUCUCGUCUUUCAUCGUCAAAACCUUUUCGUAUUGAGUGCAAGGCUGAAGAACGACAUUUCAUAGGUGAUACACCUUCCUAUUAUAAUAUUGAUUCUUCUUUAAAACCUAUCCGUUUUACAAUGAAUGAUCAACUUGAACCAGCACAAUUUCGUUCAGAAAUUAUUGUUCACAAUGAUGCUGAAACAGAUUUACAUGUAAAAAGACUUCGUGUUGCUUUUCAUUUUUAUGAUGAUUCGCCAACAAAUGCUAUGUUAAAGAGUCGUGCAACACCACCACCGGAAUCAUCUAUACGUAGUCGUUCAUUAGAUAGGCCAAGAUCUUCAGUACCACAACAACAACAACAACAACAACAACAACAACAGAAAGAUAAUGAUUCAAAAAGAAAAUUUCAAUCAACAACAUCAUCAGAAUUUAAAUUUUUACAUAAAUGGAUUGAUGAUAUUUGUUCUAAUGAAAGUUUAAUGACUAAUGAUGAUAUUGUAUUUUUUAUUAAAAAUGGUGAAUUCUUUGCAAGAAUUUAA